ACCACGCACACACGUCACCAGCUCCUCCUUAAAAAUCCAACGCCCUUUCCAGAUCGGCAAAUCCCCUCCAAACUCGCCUCGUUUCAAAACACAAACACCCACAAUGAGAACGCCUACAGCGGAACUCCUCCACACCCCGACCUUAGACGCCGAGAGAUCGAGUCUCCUACAGCGGAUCUCCGAAGAAGGCGGUUUCGCCUACGUCAGCGUCGCAACCCUCGCCGCGAGCGGAGACUUCCGUGCGGCCGAGACAGCGCGCGAGAUGGCGUGGGAGCAGCUGCACUCCGGGCCAUGGCACUCGGUCCUGCCCGUGUGGAGGGACGCCUACUCAAUGGCGUGUCUGCACGUGGCAGCAUUCCACCACGGCGCCGGGGAGUUCCGUGAGGCACUGAGGGUCCUCGACAUGGGUCUGAUCAUGGGAGGGAUGCUCCUGCGCAAGGAUUUGGAUUCCGCCAUCGAGAAAAUUCUCCUUCGAUCGACGGCUGAGAAGGAUUUGGAUGGGAGGGAGAGGUGUGACAGGGAGAGGAUUUCGGGUGGCUCGGACCAUUUGGAUGAGGCCAAGGUGCUUCGAGUUCUGCCAUACAGGUCACUAUCUUGCAAGAUAGUUGAGAGGAGGUCUUCUCCAUCUUUGGAGAGUUUUUUGCGUGAUUAUUUUCUGUCUGGUUCUCCGGUGAUAAUUAGUGACUGCAUGUCUCAUUGGCCUGCACGGACAAAGUGGAAAGACACGGAGUAUCUGAAAAGGGUAGCCGGCGAUCGGACGGUUCCUGUUGAGGUUGGAAAGAACUAUCUGUACCCUGAGUGGAAGCAAGAGCUGAUCGCAUUUUCUCAGUUUCUUGAGAGGAUCCAGUCCACUGACUGCUGCUCUGCUGCCCCGACAUAUCUUGCUCAGCAUCCGCUGUUUGAUCAGAUACAAGAGCUGCGCAAGGAUAUUUUUGUUCCCGACUACUGUUGUGCUGGUGGUGGGGAGCUCCAGUCUCUUAAUGCCUGGUUUGGUCCAGCUGGCACCAUUACACCAUUGCAUCAUGAUCCUCACCAUAAUCUGUUUGCUCAGGUUGUUGGUAGAAAGUAUAUAAGGCUUUAUCCUGCUUCAAUAACAGAGGAUCUAUACCCCUACACUGAGUCCAUGCUAAGCAACUCCAGUCAGGUGGAUCUGGACAGUCCCAACAAGAAAGAGUUCCCCAAGGCGCAAGACCUGGAUUUCAUGGAUUGCAUCUUAGAGGAAGGCGAAAUGCUCUACAUUCCACCAAAGUGGUGGCAUUAUGUGAAAUCUCUUACCCCUAGUUUCUCUGUUAGUUUUUGGUGGGGCGAAUGCAGCACUCCUGUUUCGUGAUGUCAUCUCAUUAUCAUUUUCCUUUUCUAUGUAUAUUGUCACAUGAACUCUACAGCAGAAUCAUAAAUUUUCCAGCUGGGUUCUCCAGUCAGAAUCAAUAGUAGCCCCAUGAUUGUGGGACCCAAUGUUACAAAAAAAAGAGUAAGUGAUGUUGUUGUGUA